GACAUCUUUCGCGGCGGUACCCGCGGGGUGAAACGUGGACGUAAAGGAGAGGUCGGGAGCGUUUCGAGGGAUGACAAGUGCCAUGGCCGAUCUCGAGGAACGCGUUACCUGAGAGGAGGCCCGGCGAACGAUACACCUGGGAAUCGAUGUACGAUCGAUCGAUCCCGACGGUCUAUGAGAUGUCCUGGAAGAGUCGGACUCCUCUGCCGGGAUCGCCGACCGAUCGACCCCGUGAUCGCCACAGGAAUGGAAUCCCCGGACUCAACAUGAUUAUGCUCCUUCUCCUCUCCACGUUUCUUUUCGAGGGAACGGCGCGCGGGUCCCGUCACUUCAGAACGGAAUUCCUCCAGGAGAAACCGACCCCGGAUUCCGGGCCGUACUUCGACGCCACCGGACCCUCGCACGUCGUGGGCCUGGUGGGCAAGACCGUCCACCUCCUCUGCAGGGUCAAGAACGCGGGGAAUCGCACCGUGUCGUGGGUGCGACAUCGCGACAUCCACCUGCUCACCCUAGGAGGGUACACCUACACCAGCGACCAGCGUUUCGAAGUCCUGCACGCCCCGCACUCCGAGGAGUGGACUCUAAGGAUACGAUAUCCUCAGAAGAAGGAUUCCGGCAUCUACGAGUGUCAGAUUUCCACCACGCCACCCAUUGGCUAUCAAGUCAACCUGACGGUCGUGGAACCGAUCACGGAGAUCGUCGGCGGGCCGGACCUCUUCAUCAACAAGGGAAGUACGAUCAACCUGACGUGUCUCGUGAAAUACGCCCCCGAGCCCCCGACCGCCAUGAUCUGGAGCCAAAAUCAACAGGCGAUUAACUUCGACUCGCCCCGAGGAGGCAUCAGCCUGGUCACGGAGAAGGGACCCGUCACCUCGAGCUACCUCCUCAUCCAGAAGGCCAUCCAGAAGGACUCGGGCCUCUACACUUGCUCGCCCAGCAACGCGAACCCCAAGAACGUCACGGUGCACAUCCUCAACGAAGAACACCCAGCGGCGAUGCAUCACGGUGCCGGUGACAGAACGACAGCGACGCUGCUUCCGGUCGUCCUACUUCUUCGGACGAUGUUCUAGCUGGAACGAGGGGUGGACCGGCGAACGCGAUUGGCCUCCCUCCGCCGGGGAGCUCGAGAGGGAUAAGGCGCUAUCCUUUUAAUCCCUCGAACCUCGAAUCGAGGCCGCACUUAUAUCAGCCAGAGACCCGGGCGACGAGGAAAAGCGGAAAACCAACGAAACGGCGUCCCGGGGUGAACGAAGGGCGGGACGUUCUUAAGUGACCCUUGAGAAUUUUUUAUACCGAAUCGAGAUAGAAUAAAAGUCGCGCUCUAGGCAUCGGACGGUGAUAUUUUAAUAACGCGUCGUCUAGGGAUGGCCCUAGGGGGCCGAGAGUCGUUUAGUGCAAACCCAUUGUAAAUAAGUUGCGCCAUUCUUGUACAUAUCACUCGAUUGCGUAGCCGGUAGGGCAUGCCGAUGCCCGACGACGGGGUGAGCGUCUCCGCGGAGCCGAUCUCGGACGCCGGAAGGGCGUCAAAAACACAACCGACUCCGAUUCGGGCUCCUCACGACCGUGACUCGACAAAUCUGGGAACGCUCCGGGAAAUCCGAACCCCGGAGUCGAUUAACAUCGGAUAAAGUUUUCGGUCGCGACGCCGAAACGCAUCCAAGAGUUCUCGCCGUCUUCGAGUUUCUUUUAGCUGCAGCUGCAACUCUUCGCCCGGAUUUAUUUAGGAACUCCCGCGAAGAGGCCCCCCCGUUUCUCUGCGGUGGCGCGAGGGCGAUUCGCCGAUAAUCGAAGUAUCGGCCGUUUCCACGGUAACUUUGGAUACGGACGCGAUUAGCUCCGACAAGUGUACAGAAAUAUUUUAUAUUCGUAAGGUAAGUCUCGACUCUCCUCGAGAGCACAGCCCCUAAAUUUCACGUACCCGUGGCACUGAAUUACAACGACAAAAGGGCAAGUUACCCUUGCUACUCUCGUUUCUAUCCCAACCACGUUGCCGGCGCGAAUUGCCCCCGGAAGCCGUGUCGGCUCCCGCUCUUACGACCGCGUCGUCCAGAGGAGGAAGCAUAACCGUAAUGAAGUAAAACUCGGAGAGGAGCUCGUCCGGCGGAUGCCUAAAACGUUUUCCAAACUGCUACGCUUGUUGUUGAAUGUCGGCAGUGGAUGCAUUCUGGAUGUACC